CACAUCUAAAUUGGAAGUGGUUACACAGACUAGACAGAAGGCGCCUCUUGUCAUGUCGAGAGACUGUUUUUAAAAAAAGGAAAUUAUUUAUUUUUUUUUGUGAAAGUUUGAAAAAUAAAAGUGUAAAUUUAUUUUUAUAUAUAUAUUUUUUUUAUCUGUGAUUAAGUGUUUGAAAAAAAUGCCACGAUUUCAUAAAAUUGAGAUCAAUAGAACGGAAUGGGAAGUUCCAGAACGAUAUCAAAUGCUUACCCCGGUGGGAUCUGGUGCUUAUGGACAAGUUUGUUCUGCAGUAGAUGUUACAACUGGUCAAAAAGUAGCUAUAAAAAAAUUAGCACGUCCUUUUCAAUCUGCAGUUCAUGCUAAGCGAACUUAUAGAGAAUUGCGAAUGCUCAAACACAUGAAUCACGAAAAUGUAAUUGGAUUAUUAGACGUAUUUCAUCCGUCAACGUCUCUUGAAGACUUUCAACAAGUGUACUUAGUAACGCAUUUAAUGGGCGCUGAUCUUAAUAAUAUUGUCAGAACACAAAGGCUUUCAGACGAUCAUGUGCAAUUUCUUGUCUACCAAAUUCUUCGCGGUUUAAAAUAUAUUCAUUCGGCAGGAAUUAUUCAUAGAGACCUGAAACCGUCCAAUAUAGCAGUUAAUGAAGAUUGUGAAUUAAAAAUAUUGGAUUUUGGCCUCGCGAGACCAACUGAAAAUGAAAUGACUGGUUACGUUGCAACAAGAUGGUACAGAGCACCAGAAAUUAUGUUGAAUUGGAUGCAUUAUAAUCAAACAGUUGAUAUUUGGUCUGUGGGUUGUAUAAUGGCUGAACUUUUGACAGGAAGGACAUUAUUUCCUGGAACAGAUCACAUUGACCAUUUAACACGUGUUCUCGUGCUCUGUGGAACUCCCACAGAAGAAACUUUAAGCAAAGUUACCAGCCAAGAGGCGAGAAAUUAUAUUCAAAGUUUACCACUUUUGAAGAAAAAGAAUUUCAAAGAUGUUUUUCGUGGUGCCAAUCCUCUAGCAAUUGAGUUAUUGGAAUUAAUGUUAGAAUUGGAUGCUGAAAAGAGAAUUACAGCUGAACAAGCAUUGGCUCAUUCUUAUCUUGCACAAUAUGCUGAUCCAACAGACGAGCCUGUUUCACUUGCUUAUGAUCAGAGUUUUGAAGAUAUGGAUUUACCUGUGGAAAAAUGGAAAGAACUUGUCUACCACGAAGUAGUAAAUUUUGUACCGCAACAAUUACCCGUACCACCAACAAGUGAUACAACAUCAUAAAAGUACAAAAAAAAAGUCAAUAUUACAAAUUUUUGUUUGUAAAAGGCAAAAAAUUGAUAAAUAGCAAUAUUGCUAUAUAAAAAAAAACUACCACUGUACAUAAGUUACAAAUAACUUUAAAAAUAAGGUGAAAAUACGUAUAUUUAUAUAUAUGAGCUUAUAUUUUCUUAAAAAUGCAAAGAAUUCUAUUUUAAUUACUUAAAAAGUGACACAAUAACAGUGUAAUAGCAGCAUUUUUUUUUUUUUUUUUUUUUAAAUUAAUGUUCCUUGAAAAAUGUGAUUUUGUACUGUGUACAUAGUUCAGUUUAAUGCCAUAUAUAUUUAAAGGAACUCAAUUAUGUACUGAAAUAUACAUAAAAAAAAAAAAUUAUAUAGAGCAGGAUUUUAUAAAGUUAAAAUAAUUGCAUCAAAAAAUUAUAUAUUUUUUUUUCAUAUUUUAUCAAAUUUUUUUCUCUUGUUGUUAUUGUUAUUAAAUAAUUGUCCAUUUAUUAUUUGUUUGGUUAAUAUAUGUAGCAAAUCAAGACAUCACAAUAUAAUUUAUAUAAUUAUUAUUGUUACAAAAAAAAAGAAUAAUAAUUAACUUAUUUCGGCUAUAAUAGUAU